CCAACGCCCCGGAUUGUCAGUUGGGUUCACACGAAUAGUAUUGGCCUAACGAACAAUUAACCAGGUCAAACGUCAUGGUGGAAGAGAUAACUGCCCUAAAUAUGCAUUACUAUUGUGGAGAUAUAUUUCAGACACGCUGGUACAUACGCGCAUCUUCAAACCAACUAACAUCAUUUAAUAAAGUUAGCUAUGUAUUUUGGCCACUCUACUACAACCUGUCACCCCUACAUCGAGAGAAAUCCUGUUGAUUUCCAAGCAGUGCAAUAUGUAACAAGUUACUGUGGAAAUACAUAGUUGACCUUUGUCAAUGGAAGGUCACUAUGGCCCCUUCCUAUUUACACUAUGUAUUCUGCUGUAAUUAUUUCAACCAAUCAAUAAAGUAAUUAAUGGUGAACACGAGUAAUUAUUGCUAUGUUUAUCACAACCUGUGACUACUUUUCGUAAUAUGUCAAGAUAGGUGACCUGUUCACCCAUGUAAUUAUGCGUUUAAAAUUAAUGUAGAGGUAUGAUAUCACCCAUGGUACACCAAUGGUCACUUUGGGUCCCCUCCUAUUUACACUAUGCAUUCUGCUGUAAUUAUUUUAACCAGUCAAUAAUACAAGUAAUUAUUGCUGAACAUGAGUAAUUAUUGAUACAUUUAUCACUACCUGUGACUCCAAUACAUUAUGAUAGCUGACCUGUUGACAUUGUGAUUACGUGUUUAAAAUAGUAACUUUCAAAGUAUUCCUGUAUUCAAUGGAGGAUGCAUGGAUGUCAGCCUACUGUGUUUUAAAGUUUGAGGUAAUCUGACUUCAGAUAGUCUUAUCUACAAACUGCGAAAAUAGCUCGGUUGUUAAGACCCCGAUGUGAUGAAUCUACAUAUAGCAUACCUCUAAUAUUAAAACACAGUGUUUAUCCAGUAAUUAUACAACCGAAAAUCAAUAGUGAAUUACAACAUGACUGUAGAAGGGAAUGUUGUGGAUGUCAGCUUCUGUAAUUUGAACAACACCAGUAUAUUCUUAUUCAUUAGUGAUAUGCCAUUUCUGGUGUCCCCCGCCGCAAUAUUGCUGGAAUAUUUCUAAAAGCGGCAUAAAACCCAGCUCACUCACUCACUCAUUAGGUAUAUACUUGAGUCUUGAAUUGUUUGCAUGGACCUCGCUGUGAAAUGUGUCUCGUCAUUGCCGCUUCAGACUCACCUGUCACAAGGCGUUGUGUAUGAAAUAUAGACUUCGACGUGGGGGAAUCGUAAUUAGCACCAAUCAGGAAGUAAGGUCAGAACAUGCACUUGCACCGAAUUACCUGAGUCAUCGUUAUAGCGGCGGGGUGCAUUACAUGUCCUUUACGUGUGGUUCAAGUUACCUUCUCGAGCUCAAACCGGGAAACUGGAUGCUGGCAGAUAUCGGUCUGUCGUACAUGCACUAAAGCUUGCCAACAUACACUGUCCUAUUCAAAAUGGACAGGGAGGAGACUUCUCCUCUUCUUCCGGAAAAGCACAAGAGUCGGGUGGUCAGAUCUGUUCCUUUCCUGUGGAGCGCAAUAGCAUGUGCAGUAGUCUCCUUCCUUGUAGCCCUAGCCAAUGUGUCUUUAUCGCCAAUCAUCAGCCAGUAUGUCCACGCACGACUUCUCGAUGGCUAUAACACCACCACGUCGGAUGAAGGAAGCUCUGCCUGCGAGGUCAACACGUCAUCCACGACAGAUGACCCUUUAGUGAAGGUGCAACAAGAGACGUCCAACUUCCUCCUUCUUCUCGCCGUCGUCAAUAACGUCCCAGCAAUCUUCGUCAAUGUCAUCCUGGGCUCCACCUCCGACUACCUCGGCAGAAAGAUGUUGUUCUUCAUCCCAAGCGUCGGAUUCUUUCUCAGAUACGUUUUCUGUGUUGUGAUCAUGGCUUUAGAAAUGGAUUACAAAUAUUUUUACAUUGCGUAUGUUCUGGACGGCUUCGGGGGAUCAUUUGGCGCCUUUCUUGUGGCGAGUUUCGCGUACACGGCUGACAUCACUUCUAAUGGACGUGGGCGGAUCCUGGCGACAUCUGCAUUGGAAGUGUGUGUGGCACUAGCUGCCUGUGCAGGGAUGCUGAUCACCGGGUUCUUCAUACCGUUGGUUGGAUAUCUGAAUCUGAACAUCAUCAUGACUUGUACGGUGUUCCUAGCAGCCGUCAUAAUCCUGUUCCUCCCAGAGACAAUGGACAGUAGAACCAAGCAGCCAUGGUCUCCUAUUACACAUUUCAAAAAAGUGUUUGGAUUCUAUUUCUUCAAGAAGGGAACAAAAACAGGGGCAUACAGAAUAAUGCUUUUAAUAUUUCUUUUCGCAGUUUUUAGUGUCGUUGGUCGAGUAGGCAUUGAAACAUUGUACGCCCUGAACAGACCGUUUUGCUGGAAUUCUGUUCAGGUUGGGUAUUUCGGUGCGCUUAGAAUUGGACUGUCAAAUGUUGGUUCUUUGAUCGCAAUCAAAUUUCUCCAGAGACACUUUCGUGAUCAAACAAUUGCUUUACUUGGUGCCGUAGACGCUGCCCUAGCAUGUGUAUUGGAAGGCCUGGCGACAUCCGGUUGGAUGCUGUAUCUGGUUCCGGUGGUUGGCAUCGUGAGUGCGACAACUAUUCCCGUGAUCCGGGGCAGUAUGUCCCGUAUGACAUCCCAAACAGAACAAGGCGCCGUCUUUGCCGGAAUAGGAGUUGUGGAGACUGUAAUGAACUUGAUAUCGCAGGUUGCCUACACGUCCGUGUAUUCAGCAACUGUUGGAUCAUUGAAAGGGACAGUGUUUUUCCUCAUGGCGGGGUUAAGUGGAGUUACAACGGUGUUGGUUAUUAUUUGGAUGGUCAUUACGCCCCGAUUCGAGCACCUGUAUACGCUUCAUGUUUCCCCAAAUGAAUCGAUGAAGUCAAAAGGAAAUGAUUCCCACUCUGAAAACACAAAUAUGUAAUUCCAAGUGUAGUCAUGUCGGUAGAACCUAAUUUAUCUCUUUAAACAAUCAAAUUGUUCUUAUAUCGUUCUUAUGUCAGACAUGUAAAUAUAUAUAAUUCAGAUUGUAAAAAGAAAUAAUUCCACUGAUGUAUUUCGUGAAACGAUUUCCAGAAUGGCCGAGACGGCGAUGGGAUGACCUAUGGAUUGUGCAGGAUUCGAACACCUCGUCGUAUCCUUGUACGAAUAAGGGAAGCAACUUUAGACACAACUUACCCAGAACUCCCCUAGUUGCUUCAGAACGGGGCUUGAAGGAUAGCAAAGUGGUUUAAGUGUUCGCUCCUCACGCUGAAGACCCUGGUUCGAUUCGCCACAUGGGUACAAUGUGUGAAGCACAUUACUAAAGUCCCCAGCCGUGAUAUUGCUGCAAUAUUGAUAAAUGCAACUAUUGGCAACGAAAAACCGUAAAACUAUACGCACUCAAUUCUCCCCGCCCCGCCCCGCCCCUUCGUGAUUAAUUCGUGUUAUUCCGGGACAAGCUUAAUGGCGACUUCUUGCGGCAUUCGUGACCCACUCGUGUUAUUCCGGGACAAGCCGAAUAGCGAUCUUCUCGGAGGUUACGGAAACGGGCGAGUGGUGACGAAUGUUCUUGACGGUUACGGAAAGGUGGGAACGGAAAACGGGACGAGUAACACUUAUCUUGAUAUUAGAAAACUGUUGCUGUAUCGUUAAAGAUCUUGUCAAUGAAAAUUACUAAUUUAGGUAAUACUGUAUUUAUUUACAUGGAGGCCAGCCGGGGAAAUAUAACGUGGAUAGUAUGAAUGGUGGAUUUCAAUAUUCUUGAGCAAGACGAUAAUUUUGUGCCAAUGGGAAAGACGCACACCAACUCCUAGCACACAUUCUAUGGCGAUUACUUUAGUUUGAAAAUACACAUGAAUGCCUAUGUGCCAGAUUAAUAGCUUGACGCUUCUAAGACCAAAUAUAUCUGUAUAAUCGACUCAGUUCACAAUAUGUACAGUGUACAAUUCGAGGCAAUAGCAUAAGUAGUGUUAUGCAUUUUGAUUGAAAGCUCAUAUCACGAGGCCAAUCGGAACCUUCACAUGCUUAUAACGAACUGGCGGAUAUAUUACAUAGUAUUAUAUAUGACACAUUUUAUGGCGAUUACUUUCGUUUGAAAACACACGAAUCCCUAUGUGCCAGAUUAAUAGUUUGACGCUUCACCUUCACAUGUAAGACCCAACAUAUCUGUAUAAUCGACUCUGUUCACAAUCUGUACCGUGUCCGAUUCGAGGCAAUAGCAUAAGUGCUGUUGUGCAUUUUGAUUUAAAGCUCAAACAGCCCGAUUGGAACCUUCGCAUGUAUACAGGAAACAACGUUUAUAACGAACUGACGGAUAUAACGAACUGAGGUUUUUUCUCAGUCACUUGCUGUAAAUUGUAUUCAAAGUGCUUAUGACGAACUAUGGUUAUUACGAACACAAAUAUAGCGGUCCCUUUGAUUUCGUUAUAACCGAUGUUGAGUUUGUUUUGUAUGAUCCUCCUGUGAUAACCUCCUGUGACACUUUAAUGAUGUUUAUUAGUUAAUUUUAUUGAAUCUCUAUCUUUUUGUUUAGAUGAUUUUAUGCCAUACAAGUCUGCAAUAAAAUGUUGUUUCUGCA